AUGUCUAUUGAAAACCUCAAGUCUUUCGAUCCUUUCGCAGACACUGGUGAUAACGAAACAGCUACCGCCAACUACAUCCACAUCCGUAUCCAACAGAGAAACGGUAGAAAGACUUUGACUACAGUCCAAGGAGUUCCCGCAGAAUAUGAUCUAAAGAGAAUUUUGAAGGUUCUAAAGAAGGACUUCGCCUGCAACGGCAACAUAGUCAAGGACGAAGAGAUGGGUGAGAUUAUCCAAAUGCAAGGCGAUCAAAGAGCCAAGGUUUGUGAAUUUAUGAUCACUCAGCUCGGGAUGAAGAAGAAGAACAUCAAGAUCCACGGUUUCUGA